GUGCCGACCCAACACGAACACACUUCCGAGCCGCCAAGUUCCGCGACUGCCCUCGCCGCAAGCUUUUGCCCAAAUACCUUGCUUCAGUACUUAUAUAUACGGCUCGGAGGAUCGAUUAUAGGCCCAGGGGUGGCCGUCGGAGUGGGCGGGUCGACAGCUGACAUCGCCACGCCGAGUGCCGCUGUGCCUGGCUGAGCUGCACUAUCCCCCUGAGCAGCUCGGCGGCAGCUGCGGCGCGGACGCGCCACUUUAGAAGUUCACAGCAGGCUGACGGCCAUGAGUCUCAUCAACCUUGUGAACGAGAAGCCUGUGCACCUGGUGCUAGCAAAGGACCGCGUGCGGUCAGUGAAGCGAGGCCACCCAUGGAUUUUCCCUGAGGUGCUGAGAGAGCUGCCGCGCGCGCCCGCGGGCUCCCUGGCUCUGCUCAAAACCGCGGACGGCGAAAUCUUGGCCAAGGGGUAUUACGACCCAGCCUCCAAACUGGCGUUCCGCACCUUUGCGCUGCAAAAGGACAAGCUGGAUGAGUCGCUCAUCGCGGCGCGGCUGGGACGGGCGGCGGCGCUGCGGGAUGCGCUCUUUGCGCCGUUCGACCAAACCAACGGGUUUCGGUUAAUCAACGGCGAGGGCGACGGGCUUCCAGGUCUGGUGGUUGAUGUAUACAACGACUCGGCGGUUGUGAAGCUGGACGGAGCAGGCGCUGAGGCCUUCUACAACGCCAACGGCCUGGCCGCCUGGCUGCAGCAGCGGCUGGCGGGGCGGCUGGCCACCGUGUACAUGAAGUACAGGACGGCCAGCGGCGUCAAGGAGGAGGAGGAGCGCGGGCGGCUGCUGGCGGGGGUGGCGCCCAGCGCGGAGCGGCCGGCGCGGUUCGUGGAGAACGGGGUGCAGUUCCAGGCCGACAUCGUGCAGGGGCAGAAGACAGGGUUCUUCCUGGACCAGCGUGACAACCGCGCCUUCAUCCGGCGGCUGUCCAACAACAAGAGGGUGCUCAACGUGUUCGGGUACACGGGCGGCUUCAGUGUGUAUGCGGGCGUGGGCGGCGCCAGCCACGUCACCACAGUGGAUGUGGGCAAGGCCGCGCUCAGCUUCGCAGACGCCAAUUGGGCCCUGAACGGCCUGGAGCCGUCCCGGCAUGUGGCGGCGGCGGAGGACGCGUUCGAGUUCCUGGAGCGGGCGGGUAAGGCGCGGGAGAAGUGGGAGGUGGUGAUCAUCGACCCGCCCUCCUUCGCGCCCAGCAAACAGGCGGUGGAGAAGGCCAAGGCCAGCUACACGCGGCUGUUCGCGGCCGCCGCCUCCGUCACGGCGCCGCACGGCACACUGGCUCUGGCGUCAUGCAGCAGCCACAUCGACAGUGCCAUGUUCAUGGAGAUAUGUGAUGAGGCGCUGGGCAAGGCGCGGCGGCAGGGCUACGUGCUGGGUGUGGGGGGGCAGCCAGCGGACCACCCCUACCCCGCCGCGGCGGAUGAGCUGCGCUACCUCAAGUUCGUGACGUUCCGGCUGGAGAAUUAGAAGUUGGAUUGCUAGGGUACUGGAUUUUGGUGACACGUGUCCUUGUACUCAUGUUAUUGUUAUUAUAUCAUGGCACAGGUGUGUAGUAUGGCAGUAUGGUAUUGACGGUGGUGUUGCUUGAUGUUGGUUGGGACAGGGGCUUGACGGCUGGAGUGGGGCUUGGCGACAGAUAAAGAAUGCAACGCGGGAGCUGCCAUGACCAUGGCCGUUGCCGUCUUGUUGAAGGCGUGCACUGUACUGCCCCGUGUGUGCGUGUGUGUGUGUGUGUGUGUGUGUGUGUGUGUGAGUGUGUGUGUGUGUGUGUAUGCGUGUGUGUGUGUGUGUGUGUGUGCGUGUGCGUGUGCGUGUGUGUGCAUGCGUGUGUGUCUGUGUGUGUGUGUGCCUACGCGUGCAUCAGCGACUGGCACACCAGUGCCGUGAUGGGCGCGUGCGGACGGUCCGUUGGCGCGGGCUUGCGGAGCUGGGGUUGCGUGGCGGAGUGGGUUGGGAGCGCAAGCGAGGUGGAGCCGUGGAGAUUCAAGUUCUCUGAUGGAUGAUGGAUUCAUGCGGUCACGGCAAGAUGCCGCAGGCCCUCUCAAUACUGUACUGUGCUGUAAUGCGCAAGCGUCGGCGUACGUGCGUUCACACCAAACACAGUACUUGUAACAUGGACCUGCAGGGAUUCAUACAGCGCCGUCACCCGCGGCGGCGGCGGCGCCCGCGCAUCCAAAGCACCGCAGGCCCGGGCCUACUCACGCGGGUACCACUCUGGUCUUUUGCUGUGUCCAAACUUUGACAGCCUGGUAGACCCAACAGGUAUCAUCUGACCAGGCCGCCAGCAUACCUACGGCUUCAUCUCGUUGUGUAGUAUACGGUUACUAUGGUGCGGAGCUGAGCAGAUGAAACCUGAAAGGCCGUACGGCUGCAGCCGUGCAUGGGGUGUGCAGUGGGACACGCAAAUAUUUUCGUCGUGAAAACUAAAAGCGUGAUAGCGUGAUGGAUAGCGUACGCACAGUGUAUGCAGGAUACGCAAUCGACACUGUAAAAAGAAUAGGCA